GUGCAUGGUUCCGCUGAGGCGGGCAAAUCGUUACGUUAGAACGCGGCGCAUCGCUCUGCCACGCUCGGGGUUUGUGCCGCUUCUAAUCCCUGCCUCUUUCUCCAGGGCGAAAGGCUGAGCAGGAGUCAUGGAUUCUCAGGACGUGGAAGGGGAGGAAACGCCGGCCAGCGCCUGUUCCGGAUAUCCUGCUCCCCGACUGGACAUCUCAAUAAAGGUUGAAAGGGAGGAUGAGCCCCAGUUCAGAGGUGCCCCGGACGUCACUGAGGGAGUGGUCCCCCAGGGUGACUGGGCUGCGAAAGCCGUUAAGGAAGAAGGGCCAGGAGAGGACCAUACCAAAGAGCAGGAGGCCCCCUGCGUGCUGGCAGGGAAGCCCUACAAGAGCCCUCUGAGUCCCGGGAGCCAGCCAGGGAGCGGGUGGGACGCUCCCACUGAGUGUACCAGGGCCCCUGGGAAGCACAGCGCCAGGGCCUCCCAGCCGAGGAGCCCCGCGGGGGAGCUGGCGUUGGCCUGCAGCGACUGUGGGUGGCGGUUUGGAGAUGUGGCGUCGCUGGGCGAGCACGAGCAAAGCCACGCGGCGGAGCGCACCUUCAUCUGCACCGACUGCGGCAAGAGCUUCGGGCGGCACGCCACCCUGGUGGAGCACCAGCGCGGCCACACGGCGGAGAGCGUCUUCAUCUGCACCGACUGCAGCAAGAGCUUCACCCACAAGGCGGCGCUCACCGUGCACCAGCGCACCCACGUCCGCCAGCGCCCCUACCGCGGCGCCCAGUGUGACGGCGCCUACGGCUCCCACGCCGAGCUGGCCGCCCACCAGCAGGCCCACGCUGGGCCAGCCGUGGCCUCGGAGGAAGGUGCUGAGCCGGCCGCGCCCCUGCGGGCCCCCGAGGCUGAGAAGCCCUUUCCCUGCAUCGACUGCGGCGACAGCUUCCGCUCGCACCCCGCCCUGCUGAGCCACCAGCGCAUCCACGCCGAGGAGCGGCCCUACAAGUGCACCAAGUGCGGCAAGAGCUUCUGCUUCCACGCCGAGCUGGCGUCGCACCAGCUGUGCCACCCCAAGGAGCGCUGGUUCCUGUGUGGCACCUGCGAGCGGCGCUUCAGCUCCAAGACCGACCUGAUUCUGCAUGAGCGCACCCACCCCGAGUCCAAAUGGUGCCUGUGCGCAGACUGCGGCAAGAUCUUCGCCUGCCAGGCUGACCUCAGCCGGCACCAGGCCAGCCACGCCGCCAAGGUGCACGCCUGCCCCGAGUGCAGCAAGGCCUUCAGCUCCCUGACCGACCUCAUCAUGCACCAGCGCUCGCACGCCGAGAGGCUCGUCUCCUGCAACAAGUGCGGCAAGAGCUUUGGCUCCCGCACCGACCUCCUGAUUCACCAGCGCAUGCACGGCGACAGCCAGUCCUUCACCUGCACCCAGUGCGGCCAGGCCUUCGGCUCCCGCACCGACCUCAUCAUGCACCAGCGCUCGCACGCCGAGAAGCUCGUCUACUGCAACAAGUGUGGCAAGAGCUUCAGCGCCCGCACCGACCUCCUGAUUCACCAGCGCGUGCACGGUGAGAGCCGGUCCUUCACCUGCACCCAGUGCGGCAAGGCCUUCAGCUCCCGCACCGACCUCAUCAUGCACCAGCGCAGCCACCGCGACCGCCAGUCCUACUCGUGUGCCGAGUGCGGCCGCGUCUACAGCAACCAGUCCUACCUGGUGGCCCACCAGCGCAUCCACACCGGGGAGAAGCCGUACAAGUGUGCCGAGUGCGGGCGCAGCUUCAGCCACAAGUACCACCUGGGCAGGCACCAGCGGACACACGCAGGGGGUACCCCGCCCGUGUACUGAGCCCCAGGGCCUGUGCCACCUCCACCAGGAAGUGCACGGGGAGCGGACGGGGUGGAGGGAAGGGGAGUUGCACAGCAUUGCAAGGGAGGCUGCACGUUGCCCCUGUGGCAGGUGAAACACCUAUGACAGAUGGCUGGGUGCAGUGCUGAUGCAAGUCAACACUAAGGAGGAGAGACUUCUCAGACAUGAAAUUGCUGACCACCCCCGCGCCUCUCCCUCUGCAAGAAGUUCAGUGUUACCUGAAAUUUCCUUGCAGGGAGGGAAAUCUCACCCCGGAGUGAGAUCUGCGUCCUGACAGGUUAUCACGAGCAAGACAGAAUCGGACUAAGAGCUAGAGAGACCUUUGCAUGCUACGGAGCCAUAGGAAGUUGGACAAAUGCUGUUACACUAAGUGUGGUGAGGGUCAAGGGGCAAAAAACGGACUCAAGCUGGUUCUUGUUACCCUUCAGCAGCGAGAUUUCUAUUUGGUGUCCCCUUU